GCAUCAAAUUGUAUGCGUAGACUUGACAGAAAGUAGCAAAUUAUAAAUGUAGAUUAUUUUUUUGCACACAUAUUCAGUAAAAAUGUGCGAUUACAUAAAACGUUUUGAUUGCAUAAUUUCUUCACAUUUAUUAUUAAUUUAUUUACCAAGUAUAUUUAUUCGAUGACAUCCACAAAUUAAUUGUGAGAGCCUAUAAUAUAAUUUCCCUCAAAUGCAGUUUUCGAGCGAAAUGCAAUAAUAAAUAGUCAAGAUAGCAGAGUUGGCUCUUUCAACAAUGAGACCAACGUUGAGGAAGGUGGUCUUGAUCGCACUGUUGGGCCGGGACCUGCCCCGCCGAAAGCGCAGGUCUGUGUGGAUCCAGAUAUGGUUAAAGUCCCGAAAGCAGGCAGGGGAAUUCCACUGUCUAAUUCAAGAGCUUCGACUGUUUUGAGAGGAAUUCCGAAAUUACUUUCGUCUGGACCGAAGCCAGUUCGAUCACCUGCUCCAGAUGGUUGGAGCCAGGAUCGCCCGGAUGGAUACCAACUACCGCGAGUCCAUCAGCCCAGUUGAACGCCUGCCGAUUUGUCUCCGAUUCUUGGCGACAGGGGACUCCUACAGGACCAUAGGAUUCAGCUUCCGAGCUGGACGGUCCACGGUGGCAGGCAUUGUCCCCUCUGUGGCGCAUGCCAUUUGGGACUGUCUGGUUGGUGAAUACAUGCCUGUCCCCAAGGAGGAAGACUGGAGGGCCAUCGCUGCCGAGGUCCUGGAGAGGUGGAAUUUCCCCAACUGUCUUGGCUCCAUUGAUGGGAAACAUGUAGUAAUCCAGGCUCCACCGUGCUCAGGUUCGCAGUUCUACAACUACAAGGGUACAUAUUCAGUUGUACUCUUGGCUGUAGUAGAUGCCAUCUACUGUUUCCGUGUUGUCGAUGUUGGUGCUUACGGCAAGGGAAGUCAUGGCGGGACCCUCCGGGACUCUGCCUCUGGCCAGGCACUUCAGGAUGGCACCCUAGAUAUUCCACUACCUGCAUCACUCCCUGGGGCUGAAGACCUGGGACCUGUUCCCCACGUCUUCGUCGGCGACGAGGCCUUCCCUUUAAGACCCAACCUCAUGAGGCCCUACGCUGGACGCCAGCUGCCAUUGCCAAAGCCAUAAAGUUGUCCAUAAAAUUGCAUUUUCCCCCCCAGAUUACUUUAUGUAUGAUUGUCUCUCUUCAUUUGGAAGCUAUAUUUAAGUGAAAUUUGUGAGUAAAGACCACACCUUAACCCCUUCCCUCUCCCAUUAACGUCAGUAUUAUACACACCUGGCAUGGUACAUCAGGUGAGCAGGAGCACUAAUUAAGGUUAUACGACAUACAGUUAGUAUGAUAACAAAGGGUAACCUAGGUAACCUAGGGUCCAUACAGAUAGUACAGUUUACCACCAUGUUCACUGGCCUGACAAAAUACAGGUGAAAAAAAAACGAAUUAGGAAGAGAAUGUGUUUUUACUUUCAUCUUGUCUUAGAUCAGCAAAGGUGUAGGGAAGAAAUAAGCAGAUUAAGUCUAAGUUAAAUAUUAAUAAACAACUGACUAUGAAAACAUUAUAAUUGAAUAAGUAUUCAAGUACAGGAAAGAACAUGACAGGUAUGCGUGUUGUAAAAAUGUUUCAAAAAAUAAAACUAUUGAAAGAGG